AUGUAGUAAUAUCUCAAACCAGCAAGGUCAUUGCAUUUUCAAUUGAAAAAAGAAGAAAUCAAAUUAAAUUCCAAUAAAUAAGACCCUCAAAUAGAUCCAGCUAGUUUUUUAAACAACUUUGAUGCAUUACCUGAUUAGAAUUAAAGGUUCAAAUCCGAAAGCAUUUUUCUUGUAACCAAAUAGACAGAUUAAAAAAAAGAAAUGCAAAAAACUCAACAUACUAAAUUUUUAGUGCUUCCAAAAAUUGAUUCCAAGUUCAUUCGUGAAUCUGCUGUUGAAGAUGUGUACUUCCUUCCUGAAACGAAAUAAAAGUAUCAACAACCAAAUAGAUUAAUUCACUCCAAUACAAUUCUCUAACCUUUAAUUGAUAGGCCUAGCAAAUCAUCCAAGGAUCUUGAUUAAAUCUAGGGCAAAAAAAAAAAAGUUGAAUUCAAUACUGCCUUAGAAAUAGUAGACUUUUAAGGAAGAGUUAGUACUGAAAUUAUCAACCCUGGAUAACAAAUCAUUACCAGAUAGAAAAGAUUUUCAAGACUCAAAACACUUGAAUGUUGA